AUGUCAGAUGAUAGUCCAUCCAAGCCUUCCUCAAAUACGACUACUACUACAACACAAGAAACUCGAGUGCAAGGACGCACAGUGAACUCAACAGCAGGCUUGCGAAACUUGGCACCCAGGCAACAAUGCGGGUCGAAUGAAAUGAUGAGAAUGGUUGGAUCUAUACCACAAGGUGCAUCAGCUCCUCGCCAAUUACAAACGCAACAGCAAUCUCAGAUGAGGAGUGCUCAGGGAACGCCCCAAAUGGUUCAAUUGCACCAGGUUCAGCAAGUCCCAGUGACAGGACGUGUUAUCGCGAUGAAUUCAAUGCAGGCGCCGCAACAAUUGAUUCCCGUUCCGAUGCGCAUGGUUUCCAAUGGAGGAUCGAUGGGUGACGGCCAGCAAGCCCCAAAUUCUAUCCAACUUAUGCCACAGUUUCUUCCAGCAAAUGCUCGAAUUGGGCAAAAUAUCAGAUUUAUGCCGCAUCCUUCUGAUGCCUCAAAUGCUCAGGGUAUGGUUUCUCAACAAGCGGCAAUGAAUGCCAUGCGCACGGGCAACACUGCUUUGAUGGUUGUACAAGGACCAAAUGGACCGAUGGUUCUGAAUACUUCGACAAUGCACCCAGGGUAUAUCCCGCAGAACCUUGUACAAGUGCAGAUCGCUCAAGGGAUUCAGGGCAUGCAGACCAUGCAGCAGAAAUCAAUGGCGAGCCGCUGUAAAAAACGGCGUCCUGAAAGUGGUUCUGGAGAGAUGAGUGUAGGAGAAUACCUUGCAUUGGGAAUGGACGAGAAAGGUCGUGCUGAUAGCACUUCAUGCGGUACUGACAGCCCCGACACUGCAGGAGAUAUACCUCCGGCACUUGAUAGAGGUGAUUCUAUCGAUGACUCAUCACCGCAGCCACCCAUUGAUUCUACGAAAUCGGUGGAAGCAAUUUUUAUUCGUGAAGCGUUAGCGUUCCGCGCCAGAGGUGGAGGAUGCGGAAAACCACUCGUACAUUACAUGGAUGGUUUUACUAUUGAGGAAUCUGACGUCCCAUUUCCGCUGACUCAGUACGACAAGCUUACUGAGCUAGUGUCGUCCGAUGUACUCGACGACAUCAUGCCAAUGAUUGCAGAUAUCGACGUAAAGACUAAAGCGGAGACAAAAUCUCCACGUGGGAAGAAUAGCCCACCAACAAAACAAGUGGUGUCAGUAGCAGAGCCAGAAAAAGAACAUAAAAGAAAAAUACCAUCUCGCACUCGAAGGUCAGCGACGGCACCAAGUGAAGCAGAAACGGGCAAAUCGAAAAAGGAGGAAAUUCAGGAAGAGGAGCUGCAAGAAGACCAUAUUGAAGAGCGUAAACAAACUAAGAAUCGUCGCCCCGGCUCCGCCAACCAUCCUCCACGACGGCGAACAAAUGAGUUGGAAUUGCUCUUGAAUAUGGACUUUGGACCAAAAGAUGCUGGUCGACGAAUACUGGAUUCGGAGAAAAGAAAGAGCGUUCUUGAAAAGGAAAAGCGUACGUCGUCUGAAACAGGUGAAGAACACGCGGAAACUGCAGAAAAGCCUCGCUCGAGGCAGAAACGAAGAAGUACCCAAUCAACAACGUCAGAAAGCCCAGCAAAAUCGGAGCGUCCGCGUUCAUCGGCUGAUUCUGUGGAGCCAAAGGAACGCUCUGCGUCGACACCUCAAUACUGCUCAACGAAAUGUCGUCGAGCAUAUCAAUCAAUGAGAGCCAGUGAGAAGAAUAGCAGAAAGUUUUCAGAAAGUAUAAAACGAGUAUCAGGCGGUUCUGAAGGCACCAUAUCAUCAUCUUCGAGUGUUUAUGAUAUGCGAAUGAAAGCGGAAGAGGAGCACACACCUUCAGUAGCAAAAUCGAAAAAAUUCGAGGAACCAUCGCCAUCGAAAAAGGUUGUGAAAGAGCUUCCAACACCCGUGCCGCGUUCAACAAUGAAUUCUCCUACUAUUCUUGUCGAACAGCCACCAGUUGUAGAGCCAGUAUGCGUGACGACUCCAGUAGCGACAUCAUGUGGACCUCUUAGUGUUCCGGGUGUUGACUAUGAUGUGGAUCCGAAGCUUUGGACGCCGGAUGUAGCGGCCCGCUGGGCGCAAGCAGUGACAGGUUCUGAGACGUGUGCAGCAACGUUUUUGCGAGAAGAUGUCGACGGAGACGCAAUGCUAAUGAUGGGUUUCGACGAUCUACGCAGUCACCUCUCAUUCACAUUUGGACCAGCAAAAAAGCUCCAUCUUGCCAUCGAGCAACUGAAGGUUUUCCGUGAUCAAAGGUACGGAACGCCGUAG